AUGAAAUUUUCCACAUUAAUUGCAAUCAUCUUUGGCCUAUUAACAUCGAUGGCGCUCACGCUCAUUGAAGCUGAUCAUACCGUGUGGAUACAUAACAAGGUAUCGGCUGGUACAACGACAACUGUUACAGCUUCAACAGUAAACGGAGGGGAUGGACGAUUCGCCGAUGGUAGUGAAAUAGCUCACAAAGGUUAUUCUGUGAAUAUUCCUGAUCGUGUAAAAAAAUAUUACCUCGGUUUCAACGUUGAAGGAUCUUUUGAACACGAUAAAUGGCGUGGCCCAUUCAAUAAUGAUGGGGAUAGAUGUUUUCACUUUCAUGGUGUUUUAGAAAAUUGGGACAUCCUUGACUGUUAA